AUGACCGCUGCUGGUCCCCUCUUACUGGCUGUGAUAUCGUCUGUCCUGUGGCUCACGCGGGGCUUCGACCCGGCUCCCAGUGCCUGCUCCGCCCUGGCCUCCGGCGUCCUCUACGGCUCCUUCUCCCUCAAGGACCUGUUCCCCACCAUCUCCUCCGGCUGCUCCUGGACCCUGGAGAACCCCGACCCCACCAAGUACUCGCUCUACCUCCGCUUCAACCGGGAGGAGCAGGUCUGCACCCACUUCUCGCCCAUGGUGCUGCCCCUCGACCACUACCUGGCCAACUACACCUGCGACCCCCGGGGCGAGGCCAGCCCUGUGCCCGUGCAGCCCCCGGAGCAGCAGCAGAAGGAGGAGGAGGAUGAGGAAGCCGAGCUGGAGCUGUGUGAGGGCGCGGGGCCCUUCACCUUCCUGCACUUCGACAAGAACUUCGUCCAGCUGUGCCUGGCAGCCGAGCCCGAGGCGGCCCCGCGGCUGCUGGAGCCACAAGCGCUGGAAUUCCGCUUCGUGGAGGUGCUGCUCAUCAACAACAACAACUCCAGCCAGUUCACCUGCAGCGUGCUGUGCCGCUGGCUCGAGGAGUGCCUGCAGGCUCCCGGUGCUCGCCGCUGUGGCUUCACUCACGCCGGCUGCAGCUGUCAGGCCGAGAGCCCUCCAGCUCCCCGGCGCAACGGCACCCGGCCCCCCGCCCCCGUGCCCACCCCGGUGCCCGCCGCCCCCGACUGCUGCCCCACCGAGCUGCAUUCUGCGAAUGCCAACGAGCUCGACCUGCCCGAGGUGCCACACGGCAAUGCGGUUGAGGAGAACCAGAAGGUGAAGACCCAGUGGCCACGGUCAGCGGAUGAACCCGGGGUCUACAUGGCCCAGACAGGGGACCCUGCGGCGGAGGAGUGGUCUCAGUGGAGCGUGUGCUCCCUGACGUGCGGCCAGGGCUCCCAGGUGCGGACGCGCUCCUGUGUCUCCUCUCCCUACGGGACGCUGUGCAGCGGGCUGCUCCGGGAGACCCGCACCUGCAACAACACGGCCACCUGCCCAGUUCCCGGUGCGUGGGAGGAGUGGUCCCCGUGGAGCCUGUGCUCAGUGACCUGCGGGCGAGGGGCCAGGACCAGGACACGGCACUGCGUGGCCGCGCGGCACCGAGGGAAGGCCUGCGAGGGCCCCGAGCUGCAGGCCAAGCCCUGCAAUAUCGCGAUCUGCCCGGUGGAAGGGCAGUGGCUGGAGUGGGGCGCCUGGAGCCGCUGCUCCGUCACCUGUGCCAAUGGCACCCAGCAGCGGACGCGCAAGUGCAGCGUCUCGGCCCACGGCUGGGCCGAGUGCCGGGGGGCCCACGCCGACGCCCGGGAGUGCUCCAACCCCACAUGUCCCACAGACAGCAAAUGGGGUCCCUGGAACCACUGGAGCCUCUGCUCCAAGACCUGCGACACCGGCUGGCAGCGGCGCUUCCGCAUGUGCGAGGGCACGGGCAUGCAGGGCUACCCCUGCGAGGGCACUGGCGAGGAGGUGAAGACCUGCAAUGAGAAGAAGUGCCCAGCCUACCACGAGAUGUGCAAGGAUGAGUACGUGAUGCUGAUGACCUGGAAGAAAACGGCUGCUGGGGAGAUCAUCUACAACAAAUGUCCCCCCAAUGCCACAGGGACUGCCAGCCGCCGGUGCCUGCUGAGCCCCCAUGGGGUCGCCUAUUGGGGUGUGCCCAGCUUUGCCCGCUGCGUCUCCCACGAGUACAGAUACUUGCAUCUCUCACUGCGGGAGCACCUGGCGAAGGGCCAGCGGGUGCUGGCAGGGGAGGGAAUGUCGCAGGUGGUGCGGAGCCUGCUGGAGCUCAUGGCCCGCAAGACCUACUACAGCGGCGACCUGCUCUUCUCCGUGGACAUCCUGCGCAACGUCACCGACACCUUCAAGAGGGCCACCUACAUCCCGUCCUCCGAGGACGUGCAGCGCUUCUUCCAGGUGGUGAGCUACAUGGUGGAUGUGGAGAACCGAGAUAAGUGGGAGGAUGCCCAGCAGGUCUCUCCCGGCUCCGUGCACCUGAUGAAAGUGGUGGAGGACUUCAUCCACCUGGUCGGGAACGCGCUGAAGGCUUUCCAGAGCUCCCUCAUCGUCACUGACAACCUGGUGACCAGCAUCCAGCGGGAGCCCGUGUCCGCCGUGUCCAGCGACAUCAACUUCCCCAUGAAGGGGCGGCGGGGGAUGAAGGACUGGGCCCGCAGCUCUGAGGACAAGCUCUUCAUCCCCAGGGAGGUGCUGAGCCUCACCUCAGCCGGUGAGCAGGAGUGCCCAGCUGUGCGCACAUCUGGUGGUGCGCAGACCUGGAGGCGUGCCUGUGUCUGCUUGAGUGUUCCUGCACAUCUGGGAUGGCGCACGGGGCCUGCAGAUGUGACCGAGGAGUCGUCGCACUUCGUCAUCGGGGCAGUGCUGUACCGCACGCUGGGGCUUAUCCUGCCCCCGCCCAGGAGCCCCCUGGCCGUCACCUCCAAGGUGCUGACGGUGACGGUGCGCCCGCCGACCCGGCCCGCAGAGCCACUCGUGCUGGUGGAGCUCUCCCACAUCAUCAACGGCACGUCCCACCCGCAGUGUGUCACCUGGGACUACUCGAGGACGGAUGCUGGCUUGGGAAACUGGGACACGGAGAGCUGCCAAACCCUGGAGACCCUCCCGGCACACACCAAAUGCCAGUGCCGUCAGCUCGCCACCUUCGCCGUCCUCGCCCAGCUGCCCAGAGACCUGGCCAUGGACCCCUCGGGGACACCGUCGGUGCCACUGAUGAUCGGCUGUGCCGUGUCCUGCAUGGCCCUGCUCACCCUGCUGGUGAUCUACGCGGCCUUCUGGAGGUUCAUCAAGUCGGAGCGCUCCAUCAUCCUGCUCAAUUUCUGCGUCUCCAUCCUGGCUUCCAACAUCCUCAUCCUCGUGGGCCAGUCCCAGAUGCUCAGCAAGGGCGUGUGCACCAUGACUGCCGCCUUCCUCCACUUCUUCUUCCUCUCAUCCUUCUGCUGGGUGCUGACCGAGGCCUGGCAAUCCUACCUGGCGGUGAUCGGCCGGAUCCGGACACGCCUGGUCAGGAAGCGCUUCCUGUGCUUGGGAUGGGGCUUGCCAGCCCUCGUGGUUGCCGUCUCCGUUGGCUUCACGCGGACCAAAGGCUACGGGACAGCGAGCUACUGCUGGCUCUCGCUGGAGGGCGGUUUGCUCUACGCCUUCGUGGGACCCGCUGCUGUCAUCGUGCUGGUGAACAUGCUGGUGGGCAUCAUCGUCUUCAACAAGCUCAUGUCCCGCGACGGCAUUUCAGAUAAGUCCAAAAAGCAGCGAGCUGGCUCCAAGCCCCCCCCGUGCGGCAGCCUGCUGCUGAAAUGCACCAAGUGCGGCGUGGUGUCCAGCGCGGCCAUGACCUCCGCCACCGCCAGCAGUGCCAUGGCAUCGCUGUGGAGCUCCUGCGUGGUCCUGCCUCUGCUGGCGCUGACCUGGAUGUCGGCCGUGCUCGCCAUGACCGACCGGCGCUCCAUCCUCUUCCAGGUCCUCUUCGCCGUCUUCAACUCCGUCCAGGGCUUCGUCAUCAUCACCGUGCACGGCUUCCUGCGCCGAGAGGUCCAGGACGUGGUGAAGUGUCAGAUGGGGGGGUGCAGGAGCGAGGAGAAUGAAAACUCGCCCGACUCCUGCAAGAACGGGCAGGUGCAGAUCCUGACAGAUUUUGAAAAGGACGUUGACCUGGCAUGUCAGACAGUGCUGUUCAAAGAGGUGAACACCUGCAACCCCGCCACCAUCACGGGCACCUUGUCCCGCAUCUCCCUGGAUGGGGACGAAGACCCCAAGCUCAACACUACCUCGGAAGGUGGCCUGGGCUUCUCCAGCCUGCCGGGGAACAUCCCCCCGGCCAGCAUCCUGGUGCAGGUGCCCAAGAUGACACCCAACGUGGUGGCGGGUCUGACGGAGCUGGGCGAGCCGCAGGCGCAGCAGCUCAGCCUGGAGGCGCCGGGUCCCGUUUAUCUGUGCACGGAGAGCAGCCUGCGGCCCCUGGAAUACGGCUGGAUCCGGGCCCCCGAGCCCCCCCGCGAGAGCGAUUACAUGAUGCUGCCCCGCCGCACCGGCAGCCUCAAGCCCUUCCCCCGGGACGAGGGGACGCUCGGUGGCGGCGCAGAGGAGACGGUGCCCGGUGGGACUGGGCGCCCGGCAGCCGAAGGGGACGCUUACCCCGGUUUUGUGGCAGUGGAUCACGUCAACGUGAAUCUGAACCAGCCCUACGCGACGGUGAAGGCUCCCUACGGCCUCCAGUUCAAGCAGCAUCCCACGGUGAGGCAGAUCCUGGCCUCGGAGCUGUCGGAGCGCAGCCGCACCAUGCCCCGAACCGUGCCCGGCUCUGCCAUGAAAGUGGGGUCCCUGGAGAGGAAGAGGUUGCGGUACUCUGACCUGGACUUCGAGAAGGUGAUGCACACACGGAAACGUCACUCUGAGCUCUACCACGAGCUCAACCAGAAAUUCCACACGCUGGACCGGUACCGGGCUUCGUCCACCGGCUCCUCCAAGCGAGAAAAGCGGUGGAGCGUCUCGUCGGGCGGCGGGGACAAGAGCACAGGCAAUGUAAGUCGUGAACCCCCGCCGGGGGUUGUCCCAUCCCAUCCUGGAGAGGGCUGGAGGCUGCCGUGCCCCGGGGCUGCGGGACAGAGCCGGGCACAGCUGCCCCUCACCCCGCAGGAUGUGACGAGCCCCGAGGAGCAGCGGCCGAAGGCUCCGGCCGCGCCGCCCAAGCCGUGGAGCACAUUCAAGGCGAUGACGCUGGGCUCGCUGCCCAGUGCCCAGCGGGACCGGCUGGAGCUGUGCCGGGCAGACUGGGACAGCCCCUGCGCCGGCCUGGACGCGGCCGACGGCGACUUCCAGACAGAGGUGUGA